CCAUAUUUAAUCUUUAAAAACCCCCCAAUUUGAUUUUUAGAAGUUCCGUCACAACGAAGAAACGAAGAACUCCUCAAGAACUGUGCCAAAUCCAAUACUUUCCUUUGAUUCUGAUUCUUUGUAACCCUAAAUUAUAAAAACCCCCAAUUCAAUUUCAUUGCUGUUUACUUUUAUUCUCUCAUCAAUGUCAAUUAAUAUGAAAUUUCGUGGAAUUAUUUUGUUCUUGUCGCUUUUUUCAAUUGUAUUUGCUGAUGAAAAGUUUAAUCCUCAUGAUUUACCCAGACCUCUAAUUCUUGAAUACCCAGAGAUUGAAGUAAAGCAUUUAGAUGAGGAGGAGGUUUCAUUACGUUGUACUAGUUGGAGAGUAGCGGUUGAGGCGAAUAAUAUGAAUCCAUGGAAAAGUAUACCAUAUGAAUGUGCUGAUUAUGUGAAAGAUUAUAUGAUGGGAAAGGGGUAUAGUAUUGAUCUUCAAAUGGUUUAUAAUGAAGCUAUGGAGUUUGCAAGAAAUGUUGAGUUGAGUGGUGAUGGGAAAGAUGUUUGGGUUUUUGAUGUUGAUGAAACAUUGAUCUCUAAUCUUCCUUAUUAUGCUGAUCAUGGUUAUGGAUUGGAGCUUUUUGAUCAUAAUGAAUUUGAUAAAUGGGUUGAAAAGGGUCUAGCACCUGUAAUUGAGUCUAGUUUGAAGUUGUAUCAAGAGGUUCAAGGAUUGGGCUUCAAAGUCUUCUUGUUGACUGGUAGGAAAGAGGAACACAGGGGUGUAACUGUUGAAAAUCUCCAAAAUGCCGGAUUCCAGAAAUGGGACAAGCUAUUACUAAGAUCAUCGGAGGACCAUGGGAAAACUGCAACUAUUUAUAAGUCUGAGAAAAGGAGUGAGAUGGUGGACGAAGGCUACAGAAUUCUUGGCAACUCUGGAGAUCAAUGGAGUGAUUUACUAGGUGCAGCUGUAUCCUUGCGUUCGUUCAAGCUUCCCAAUCCCAUGUACUAUAUUGCCUGAUUCACUCAUAAUUCAUCCCUCUAUUAGAAAAGGGGGGCUGUCUUACACUUUAAUUUGUCUAACAAGAUGUAUUAUACCUUAUGUACUUCCUCAGAAUCUCAAUCAACUGUUAAUAAGGAACUUAAGCAAGUUUAUAAUGUAAUUGAAUUUAUAAUGUAAUUGAAUUCAGAAACUGGUUCAGUCUAAAUUUAAGGACUGGCAAGAACAUCUACUGGA